GCCCCGGCCCCGCCCCCCGGUGGGCCCAUUGGCUCGCAAGGUCCACAGGGCGCCUCUGCCCUCACGCCCAUUCCGCAGAGCUGGUCAGGCUGAGGCGCUGCUGCCGGAGCGCGGGGUGUGAGACGUGGCUCGUCGGCGGAAGAGCCAUGUUGGACUUUGCCAUCUUCGCCGUUACCUUCCUGCUGGCGUUGGUGGCAGCGGUGCUCUACCUCUAUCCGGCUUCUAGACAAGCUGCAGGAAUUCCAGGGAUUACUCCAACUGAAGAAAAAGAUGGUAAUCUUCCAGAUAUUGUGAAAAGUGGAAGUUUGCACGAGUUCCUGGUUAAUUUGCAUGAGGGAUAUGGACCUGUGGUCUCUUUCUGGUUUGGCAGGCGCCUUGUGGUUAGUUUGGGCACUGUUGAUGCCCUGAGGCAGCAUAUCAACCCCAAUAAGACAUCGGACCCUUUUGAAACCAUGCUUAAGUCAUUAUUAAGGUAUCAAUCUGAUGGUGGGAAUGUGAAUGAAAACCACAUGAGGAAAAAAUUAUAUGAAAGUGGUGUGACUAAUUCUCUGCAGAGUAAUUUUGCUCUCCUGCUAAAGCUUUCAGAAGAAUUAUUAGAUAAAUGGCUCUCCUACCCAGAUUCGCAGCAUGUACCCCUCUGCCAGCAUAUGCUUGGUUUUGCUAUGAAGUCUGUUACACAGAUGGUGAUGGGUAGUACAUUUGAAGAUGACCAGGAAGUCAUUCACUUUCAGAAGAAUCAUGGCACAGUUUGGUCUGAAAUUGGAAAAGGCUUUUUAGAUGGAUCACUUGAUAAAAGUAUAACUCGGAAAAGACAAUAUGAAGAUGCUCUUAUGCAACUGGAAUAUAUCUUAAAGAAAAUCAUAAAAGAACGAAAAGGAAGGAACUUCAGUCAACAUGUUUUCAUUGACUCCUUAGUACAAGGGAACCUUAAUGACCAGCAGAUCCUUGAAGACAGUAUGAUAUUUUCUCUGGCCAGUUGCAUAAUAACUGCAAAAUUGUGCACCUGGGCAAUCUGUUUUUUAACCACCUCUGAAGAGGUUCAGAAAAAACUUUAUGAAGAGAUAGACCAAGUUUUGGGGAAGGAUCCCAUUACUCCAGAGAAAAUUGAGCAGCUCAGAUAUUGUCGGCAAGUACUUUGUGAAACAGUUCGGACUGCCAAACUGACUCCAGUUUCUGCCCGGCUUCAAGAUAUUGAAGGAAAGGUUGACAAAUUUAUUAUUCCUAGAGAGACUCUUGUUCUUUAUGCCCUUGGUGUGGUACUUCAGGAUCCCAGUACUUGGCCAUUACCACACAAAUUUGAUCCAGACCGGUUUGAUGACAAAUCAGUAAUGAAAACUUUCUCCUUGCUUGGAUUCUCAGGCACACAGGAAUGCCCAGAGUUGAGGUUUGCAUAUAUGGUGACCACAGUACUUCUGAGUGUAUUGGUGAGAAGGCUACACCUACUUUCUGUGGAGGGACAAGUUAUUGAAACUAAGUAUGAACUGGUAACAUCAUCCAAGGAAGAAGCUUGGAUCACUGUCUCAAAGAGAUACUAAAAUUUUAUACAUUCAGCUUUCUGGAGGGAAAUGAUGGUUUAGAAAAAUCUGUAUUAAAUCCUUUUAUAAACUAAGUAAUACUGUGGAAUAUAAAUACAUACUAGUACUUCAUUAUGUAAAUUUGGAUUUUUGUAUAUCAGAUUUUCUUAAUUCAUGAUAUACAUUGAUUCUUAUUAUAUCAAUAUAAUGAUAAUUUUAAUGGGAAGCUCUCUGCUUUUUUGUUUUAUCA